UUUUGAAGUCUUUGGAAUUUUUUUUUGGCAAAUGCCCACAAAAGUAACUGGUAGCUGGCAGCAAUGAGCAACAAUUCAAAAUAAUUUUAGAUAUUUUUUGACUGAAUUUCAACCUUCUAUUUUUUAACUUUUCUUCCCCUUAGGUCCUUUCAGCUGUAAUUAUUCCUUCCUGCUCAUAUUGAAUUCCCCCCUACUUUUUUAAUUUUUUUUAGAUUUUCUUUCUCUACUCUCGACAAAUGCCCCCCUUUCCGUCCAUUUUCAUUUUUAUAUUCUUUUUCCUCGGGUCCAUUUUUCCUUUUUCAUCGUCCAUUCCUUUUUACUCACUUCCACCCUCCCUCUCCGUCCACAAUUUUAUUUCAUUGCUGCCAGCUACCCCCCCCCCCCUUCUUCCUAUUUUUACUCACACACACUUGCAGCUUUACAUUCCCUUUUUCAUUCUUUUUUUUUACUUUUAGCCGUCCAUUCCCUUUUUUCCAUUCGGCCAUUCAUCAGAAUGAGGCCAAUUUUUAUUUAAAAGUACAAGUUGUAAAGAGCG